AACAAGCGAAUAUGACAAUGAUUGACGAAACACAGGUGAUAGUUAACAAUGAUUGACUAAACACAGCUGAUACAGUGAUUCACUAAACACAGGUGAUACAGUGCAGGUGCCGUGACGUGGUGACAGGCAGACAAGUCCAAAUGAAAAGAAACUAAACCGAACACCACUGUGACAGUAGGAUGGUUAAAACUACAGUGUUUAAUGCGUUUAAUUUAUGAACAUACCUGUGCUAAUAUCUCUACAGUGAGUGACAGCUCAAAGAGGUCAGCUGUGGGUUUGUUCAGGUGCAAGAGAAAAAAACUGCUUCCUCACCCCACCCCUGUUAACUGGUUACUCAGUCUAAGAGACUAUUCAGGAAGGAAUACGUUAAGUAGUAGAGAUACUUGUUGAACACACUAGAAUGGCUAUUAAAAACAUUUGGCACAGUUUGGCUCAGGAUAGAUGUCCAUGUAUUCAUCAAUUUAAAACGGCAUUUUUUCUGCUGCUUACAUUGACAUUCUUAUUGCUUGCCGUUGCUUACGCCUCUGAUUUCACUUUGGACACAAUUACGUUCCCUAAAACAUGGUUUACUAAAAUCAUGAAUCAGACUCACUAUAAGGUAAAUGACAGCAUUUGGGCCGAUCAUAAUCAAAAAGAUACAUUAGCGCAUUUGCCCAAUCAGCAAAUACAACAAAGAGGUUCAACAAUUAGUUAUCAUAUAGCUCAUCCAAGCAACUAUCAUUACAUUCUGGAUGAACCUGAUAAAUGUCAGCAGAGUCCGUUCCUGGUCUUGAUGGUCCCUGUGGCGCCCCAUCAGGUAGAAGCUCGAAACGCCAUCCGGAGCACGUGGGGGAAUGAGAGCACAGUCCAAGGAAACGCAGUGAUGACUCUCUUCUUGGUGGGUUUGACUGGAGGAUCCGACUCUGAAAAAGCUCAACAGCAGCUGGAGGAAGAGAGCCGACAACACAGAGACUUACUGCAGAGCAACUUUGUGGACUCGUACUACAACCUGACCAUAAAGACGAUGGUGAUCAUGGACUGGUUGGCCACUCGUUGCCCUCAAGCCAGUUUCAGUAUGAAGGUCGAUUCGGACAUGUACUUAAACCUGGAAAACCUGGUUACUCUUCUAUUGGCACCCAACACACCCAGACAGAACUACAUCACUGGAAUGGUAAUGUGGAACCGGCCUGUCAUUAGAGACACAAACUCAAAAUGGUACGUGUCAGAGGAGUCGUACCCCGAACCAAUUUACCCCACUUACCUGCUGGGAAUGGGAUAUGUUUUCUCCAAUGACCUGCCAGAAAAAAUAGUUGAGGCUUCCAAGGAAAUAAAGCCCUUCAACAUAGAAGACGCAUAUGUGGGGGCUUGUGUGAAACAUUUGGGUUUUGCACCCUCAUCCCCCCCUGACCCUUCACAGUUCAGAGCCUAUCUGGGACAAUAUAAACGAGAGGAUUUUCUCAGGGUCAUUACAACAAUCCUGGGAUCCCCACAGCAGCUAAUAGACAUCUGGAAGGACCUAAAGAGACCCACAUAAAAGUAUCUUAAACUUUCAUAAAAGUAUAAUUUGGGAUACAUGAAAGUAUUUCAAAAGUCCCUGUCUGGGAUGGAAGCACAAACAAACAAAAUGAGAAUCACAGAUUUCUGAUUACAAAGACAUGAAACAUGGUGGAUGUUUAUUUAAGAACUUUUUUUUACGCUCGAGAUCGUUUGAGGAUAUGUUAUACACAAAUAAUAUGUUCUUGAAGAGGAACUUACGGUCUUGAUAACUUCUGUUAU